AACAGCGGCAACAGCAGCGGAAGCCGCAGCCGCGGGGCCCGGGCGGCAGCGGGAAGAUGGCGGAGUCCGGCGGCGGUGACUUCGGUUCGGAGCGGCCGAGCAGCAUGGCUGACAAGAACGGGGCCUUGAAAUGCACCUUUUCUGCUCCCGGUCACAGCACCACUCUUCUGCAGGGGUUGGCCACUCUGCGAGCUCAGGGCCAGCUCCUGGAUGUCAUCCUCACCAUCAACAAUGAAGUCUUCCAAGUCCACAAGGUGGUCUUGGCUGCCUGUAGUGACUACUUCAGGGCGAUGUUCACCGGAGGGAUGAGAGAGGCCAACCAGGACGUAAUUGAGCUGAAGGGUGUGUCUGCCAAAGGCCUGAAACACAUAAUUGACUUUGCGUAUAGCGCCGAAGUGACUCUGGAUCUUGAUUGCAUUCAGGAUGUGCUGGGCGCUGCAGUGUUCCUCCAGAUGGGGCCGGUGGUGGAGCUCUGCGAGGAGUUCCUGAAGUCCGCCAUGAGCGUGGAGACGUGCCUCAACAUCGGGCAGAUGGCCACCGCCUUCAGUCUGGCCUCCCUGAAGGAGUCAGUGGACGCCUUCACCUUCCGGCACUUCCUGCAGAUUUCACAGGAGGAAGACUUCCUCCACCUGCCCCUGGAGCGGCUGGUCUUCUUCCUGCGAAGCAACCGGCUGAAGAGUUGCAGGGAGAUCGACCUCUUCCAGGCUGCCACCCGCUGGCUGCAGCACGAUCCCACGCGCCGACCCGGGGCCAGCCAGGUGCUCUGCCACAUCCGCUUCCCCCUCAUGCGGUCCUCGGAACUGGUGGACAGCGUCCAGGCCCUGGACGUCAUGGUGGAGGACGUGCUCUGCCGGCAGUACCUGCUGGAGGCUUUCAACUACCAGAUCCUGCCCUUCCGCCAGCACGAGAUGCAGUCCCCCCGGACCGCCAUCCGCUCAGACACCCUCUCCCUCGUCACCUUCGGCGGCACCCCCUACACGGACAACGACCGCUCGGUCAGCGGCAAGGUCUACCACCUGCCAGACCCCGGCGCCCGCCAGUUCAAGGAGUUGACAGAGAUGGAGGCGGGCUGCAGCCACGCCUGCGUGGCCGUGCUGGACAACUUCGUGUACGUGGUCGGCGGGCAGCACCUGCAGUACCGCAGCGGAGAGGGUGCGGUGGACGUCUGUUACCGCUACGACCCACACCUGAGCCGUUGGCUGCGCAUCCAGGCCAUGCAAGAAAGCCGGAUCCAGUUCCAGCUGAACGUCCUGGGCGGGUUGGUCUACGCCACGGGUGGGCGGAACCGGGCGGGCAGCCUGGCCUCUGUGGAGAGAUACUGCCCCCAGAAGAACGAGUGGGCAUACGUGUGUUCGUUGAAGCGCCGGACCUGGGGUCACGCCGGGGCUGCCGCUGGGGGCCGGCUCUAUAUCUCGGGGGGCUAUGGCAUCUCCGUGGAGGACAAGAAGGCCCUGCAUUGCUACGACCCAGCAGGGGACCAGUGGGAGUUUAAAGCCCCCAUGAAUGAACCCCGGGUGCUGCAUGCCAUGGUCAGCUCCAGCGGCCGGGUUUACGCCCUCGGGGGCCGCAUGGACCAUGUGGACCGCUGCUUUGACGUAUUGGCCGUGGAGUACUACGUGCCCGAGACGGACCAGUGGACCACCGUGAGCCCCAUGCGGGCCGGCCAGUCGGAGGCCGGCUGCUGCCUUCUGGACAGAAAAAUCUACAUCGUCGGGGGCUACAACUGGCAUCUGAACAACGUGACCAGCAUCGUGCAGGUGUACAACACUGAGACGGACGAGUGGGAGCGAGACCUGCACUUCCCCGAGUCUUUUGCCGGCAUCGCUUGCGCCCCGGUCAUUCUGCCCCAGCCCACAUCCCAGAGAUAGCCGCCCAGGGCCACAGAAUCCUUCCCCGUGGGCUGCUGCCGGCUGCAGGCCCUGGGGGGUUGGGUGACCUUGGGUCUGCCCGCAAAUGGUGCCGCGGAGCCGAGAGCCAGGAGGAAGGAAGGAAGGAAGGAACGAAGCCGCACAGGUGUCAAGUGUCGGGGACUCCUCCCUGGGGUCCUUCCUCUCCUCUUGGAUAGCAUUCUGGCGGCGGGUUCACUGGAGAGUGCUUGCCAGUGUGUCGUACCCAACACAUCCCAGCUGAAAAAAAUAAUCACAUUCUGGGAUGUUUCUUUGCCCGUCGUUUCACAAUGUUGUUCAUGGAGAAAGUUAAUGGACAGAUCAGCCUUGUCUCUGGUUCUUCCCCGCCUGCCCCCCCCCCC